AUGAUCGUCCCAGUCCUCAUCGCGCUCCUGGGGCUCGGCCUCUACCUACGCCAUGUCAAUUCUGUCAUGAAGGCAGUCCCACCAGAGGCAGAAGCAGCAUCUCCGCAUCGUUGGACCGUGGACGAAGUCAAAGCCAGCUAUGAAAAGGCCCUUAAAACUCCCAUCGAUGUCAACAAGAGCCUUCCACCGAGACAGGCCCGACGAUAUGUGGUUGUGGGUGGAUCAGGUCUUGUCGGUGGCUGGAUUGUCUCACACCUUCUCGCGCGGGAUGUCCUCGACAAAGGUGUGGAGUUUGUCAAGACCAAUAUCGCGGAUGAGUUAAGCGUCACCACUGCUUUUCAGCAGCCAUGGGUAGAAGGCGUGGCCCAGCUCCCCCUGACGGUCUAUCACACAGCAGCCACGAUUCGACCGCACGAGCGGCUGGAGAUGUUCCUGCCACUAUGUGGCAAGGUGAACAUCGAUGGUACUCGCAACGUUCUCAAUGCUGCGAAACAAGCCAAAGCGUCAUGCUUUGUCUCAACCUCCUCCGGCUCCAUCACUGUCCACAAACUUGGAUUCUGGGUAGCCCCAUGGACGAAACUGCCCAAGCGCGCAUUCCAGGUUCUCAGCGAUGAGGCAAAGUUACCAGAGCGUCAUGAUGAGUUCUUUGGAAAUUACGCCGUGACCAAGGUGGAAGCGGAACGAAUGGUUCGUGCAGCCGAUGAUCCUUCGUCGAAUUUCCGUACUGGAUGUAUCCGGCCUGCAAAUGGGAUUUAUGGAAUCGGAAACGAUGCAAGUAUGACCAUCACCGGCGUAUACCUACGCAAACAGGGAAGUCCAACCUGGGUUCGACCCGUCAUCCAAAGCUUCGUCAACGCGGAGAACGUCUCCAUCGCCCACCUCCUCUAUGAACAACGACUCCUCGAACAAAGUCAGCCUGGCUCUACUCUCCCAAAUACGGGCGGACAGUCCUUCGUCGUGACAGAUCCAAACCCGGCCAUUUCCUUCAGCGAUAUCUAUACGCUACUGGAGACUCUGUCGAAGACUCCCGUCUCGUUCCCGACGAUUCCUCCCAUGCCGCUCCUCCUACUCGCGUACCUGAUCGAGUUCUACUCGGUCAUUCAGUUCAAGUAUUUACCUUGGCUCUUGCCAAAGAUUCAAGGUGACUUGAACCAAAUACAACCACCGCUGUUCUCCAUCUCCGACGUCUUUUGCGUUGCGGAUGAUACCCGGGCGAAAAAGGCGCCUGAGUUGGGUGGACUGGGCUACAAUCCGCCCUUGACUACCUUGGAGGGAAUGUGCAAGCAACUUGUGGAUUGGAAUUCUAAGGCUGGUAAAGCAAACACCGUUGAGAAAAUCGGCCCUGUGGCUGUUAGGGAGAAUGGAGUUGAUGUUAAUCUUGUUUCGCCCGAGGUGAAAAUCUGA